GGGAGCGGCGGGCGGGGCGGGGGCGGGCGCGUGAAUCAGGCCGCGCGGCGGGCGGGCCGCGACGGGGAGUGGCUGCCGGACCGACCGGACCGCGAGGCCGCUGGGCGGCGGUCGGCUCCUGCUGCCCUUGUCCCGAGACCCCCGCGCACCUGGCCAGGCCCCUGGCCCCGACAUGGCCCGUCGCUCCCAGAGCUCCUCACAGGGGGACAACCCGCUGGCUCCCGGGUACCUGCCGCCUCACUACAAAGAGUACUACCGCCUGGCGCUGGACGCCCUGGCCGAGGGAGGGCCCGAGGCCUACAGCCGCUUCCUGGCAUCCGAGGGGGCACCUGCCUUCCUGUGCCCGGAGGAGCUGGAGCACGUAAGCCGCCACCUGCGGCCCCCUCAGCAUGUUGCCCGCGAGCCCCCUGAAGGCAGCCCCCCCAACGUGGACAUGGAUGGCUCCUCGGGCACCUACUGGCCCAUGAACUCAGACCAGGCAGUGCCUGAGCUCGACCUAGGCUGGCCCCUGACCUUCGGCUUCCAGGGCACUGAGGUCACCACACUGGUGCAGCCACCCCCGCCGGACAGCCCAAGCAUCAAGGACGAGGCGCGAAGGAUGAUUCGCUCUGCCCAGCAGGUUGUGGCCGUGGUGAUGGACAUGUUCACAGACGUGGACCUGCUCGGUGAAGUGCUGGAGGCGGCGGCACGCCGCGUCCCCGUCUACAUCCUCCUGGACGAGAUGAACGCGCAGCACUUCCUAGACAUGGCCGACAAGUGCCGCGUCAACCUGCACCACGUGGACUUCCUGCGCGUGCGCACUGUGGCGGGCCCCACCUACUACUGCCGCACUGGGAAGUCCUUCAAGGGCCACGUGAAGGAGAAGUUCCUGCUUGUGGACUGUGCCGUGGUGAUGAGUGGGAGCUACAGCUUCAUGUGGUCCUUCGAGAAGAUCCACCGAAGCUUGGCGCACGUGUUCCAGGGCGAGCUAGUCUCCAGCUUCGAUGAGGAGUUCCGCAUCCUGUUCGCACAGUCCGAGCCUCUGGUGCCCUCGGCCGGGGCGCUGGCCCGCAUGGACGCUUAUGCGCUGGCUCCGUACGCGGGAGCCGGGCCCCUUAUGGGCGGCCAGGUGACCGGGGCGCCGACCCCCUUCUCCUUCCCCAGACGAGCACACCUCCUGUUCCCACCGCCUCGGGAAGAGGGCCUGGGUUUCCCGUCCUUCCUCGACCCCGACCGCCACUUCUUGUCGGCCUUCCGCCGGGAAGAGCCAGCGCGGAUGCCCGGGGGGGCCCUGGAGCCGCACACGGGGCUGCGGCCGCUGUCGCGGCGGCUGGACACGGAGGCGGGACUCGGGGGCGAGCCCGCGGGCCCGCGGGGCUUCUUCCAGGCCCGGCACCUGGAGACGGACUCCUUCAAGCGGCACAGCUACGCCGCCGACGGCGCGGGCGCAGUGGAGAACUUCGCGGCCGCGCGGCAGGUGUCCCGACAGACGUUCCUCAGCCACGGGGACGACUUCCGCUUCCAGACCAGUCACUUCCACCGUGACCAGCUCUACCAGCAGCAUUACCAGUGGGACCCGCAGCUGGCGCCGGCGCGCCCGCAGGGCCUGUUCGAGAAGCUGCGUGCUGGCCGCCCGGGCUUCGCAGAGCACGAAGACUUCGCGCUAGGGCCCGGGCCCCGCUUCCCCGAGCUCGGCCCCGACGGACACCAGCGGCUGGACUACGUGCCGUCCAGCGCAUCACGCGAGGUGCGCCACGGCUCAGACCCCGCCUCAGGGCCUGGGCCCCGCGGCCUGGAACCCAGUGGGGCCCCACGCCCCAACCUGGGCCAGCGCUUCCCGUGCCAGGCGGUGGCGAGGCUGGGCCCGGAUGCCGCGCCCGACGCAGAGCCCGAGCGCAGGGGUGGGCCCGAGGGGCGGGCGGGGCUGCGGCACUGGCGCCUGGCGUCCUACCUGAGCGGUUGCCAUGGCGAGGACGCCGGUGAAGAGGGCCUGCCGGCGCCCAUGGAGGCUGAGGCCUAUGAGGACGAUGUUCUGGUAUCCGGGGGCCGAGUGGCCCCUGGGGACCCUUCAGCCUCCCGUGCACCCUUCCCGGCCAAGGGCCUAGUGCCUUGCUCCGGCGGGGGCGGUGGCGACAGCCCAGAGCGCGAGGGCCUGGAGGAGGCAGGUCUGGCCAAGCAGGACUCUUUCCGCUCCCGCUUGAACCCGCUGAUCCAGCGCAGCUCACGCCUGCGUUCCUCUCUGAUCUUCAGCGCUUCUCAGGCCGAGGUCGCCGGUGGGGCCACGGCGGCCACCACUGAGAAGGCGCAGCUGCUGCACAAAGAGCAGGCGGUCAGCGAGAUGCUGGGCCCCGGUGGCGAGGCCGUGCGCUCCGCCACUUCCACCAAGGUGGCCGAGCUCCUGGAGAAAUACAAGGGCCCGGCGCGUGAUGCUGGAGGGGUGGGGGCCCCAGUCACAGUCGCCAGCCACAGCAAGGCUGUUGUGUCCCAGGCAUGGCGGGAGGAGGUGGUGGCGCCGAGUGGGGCGGGAGGCGAGCGCCGCAGCCUCGAGAGCUGCCUGCUGGACCUGCGCGACUCCUUUGCACAGCGGCUGCACCAGGAGGCGGAGAGGCAGCCGGGAGCUGCCACGCUUACUGCCGCCCAGCUGCUAGACACGCUGGGCCGGAGCGGCGCCGACCGGCUGCCCUCUCGCUUUCUCUCCACCCAGGGCUGCUCUGCCUCCCCACAAGGGCGGGUCAGCCCCCCGCUGGAGGGGCAUGGGCCACGCCAGGCACCUCACCCUGAGCCAAGAGGGAGCCCCACCACUGCCUACCCUGAGCCAAAAGGAAGCCCCACCUCGGCCUAUCCCGAGCGCAGGGGUAGCCCGGUCCCCCCUUUACAAGAGCGCAGGGGCAGCCCGGUUCCCGCUGUACCGGAGCGCAGGGGCAGCCCCGUCCCAGCUGUGCCCGAGCGCAGAGGCAGCCCCAUCCCUGCUGUACCGGAGCGCAGGGGCAGUCCUGUCCCCGCUGUGCCCGAGCGCAGGGGCAGCUUGACCCUUACCUUCUCUGAGGAGUCUCCGAAGACUGGGACUGCGGAGGAGACGGCUGGCGGCCCCAUGGAAGUCCUGCGCAAGAGCUCCCUGCGUCUCCGCCAGCUGCUGAGCCCCAAGGGUGAGCGGCGCACGGAGGAAGAGGGCGGCUUCCCAGCGCCGCAGGAGAACGGGCAGCCGGAGAGCCCCCGGCGGCCGUCGCUGGGCAGGGCGGAUAGCACGGAGGCAGUCACUGGAGACGAGCGGGGCCCGCGGGCGCGCACGGCCUCCACCACGACCAACGCCUUGUACAGCAGCAACCUGCGGGAUGACACAAAAGCGAUUCUGGAGCAGAUCAGCGCCCACGGCCAGAAACACCGCGGGAUCCCCGCGGCGGCCCCGGGCCUGGCUCACAGCAGUCCUGAACUGGGCCGCUCCCCAGCUGCUGGCGGCCUGGCUCCGGAUAUGUCCGACAAGGACAAAUGCUCUGCCAUCUUCCGCUCAGACAGCCUGGGGACCCAAGGUAGACUGAGCCGUACCCUGCCAGCCAGCGCGGAGGACCGCGACCGGCUGCUGCGCCGCAUGGAGAGCAUGCGCAAGGAGAAGCGCGUCUACAGCCGGUUUGAGGUCUUCUGCAAAAAGGAAGAGGCCGGAGCCCCAGGGGCGGGGGAGGGCACAGCGGAGGACGACACCAGGGACAGCAAGGUGGGCAAGUUCAUGCCCAGGAUCCUGGGUACUUUCAAAAAGAAGUGAGCCUCCUGGUUUCC